AUGGAAAAAUCAUUUUUCUUUGUUUAUGUGCACUCUAACAAUGUGAGAUGGUGCGCUGCAGUGGACUGGGAAUCCAACAUGUCCAAGGGUGAGGAGUCUGGGGCGAAUAUUGCCUCUCCGAUCGACUGCUUUAAUACUGGAUUCGCAUUUAAAAUAAAUGUUCCCGGAUGUAACACACUCCAUGCAUCACAUGCUCAGAACCUCAAGUCUCCAUCGUCUUCUCCAUGUGGCCAGUGUGAUGGGAUAGCUUCUACUUCCUCUCCUGACGUCCUCGUUAACUCAAUGACUGGGUUGACUUUUGAAGAAACUCGGAUGUUGUGGAACAAUGGAGGCUCAUUGCCAAGUUCUUCCGUUCGGGAUGCUCCAACUAUCAAGGGGCUUUCCCUAGCCUCUCCUUGGGAGUCUCGGCAUAACCGUCCAGCCUCCAACUUCUUACCUAUGAUUCACAAUCGGAAGGAUAAAUUGGGAUCCAUGCAAUUUUCAGAGUCAAAUUUGGUGGAAAGUGGUGUGCUUAUGUCACCUAGCUCGAAAGAUAUGGCAGCAUUGGGUUUACAAAUGGUUGACCAGGUUUUGAGUAAUUCUCCAGGAAGUGGAACCUUUCUUAUGCGGGAGUUUGCGGACCAUAUCAUGGGUCCUUAUUCAGCGUCAGUUGCCUUACCGCAAUCAACUGCCGUCAAUCCGUUUACUUGUUGCGAUGGAGACGUUCGACCGGUAGAUCCUGAACCUCUGAGCACUGCGCAACCCCUAUUGAGUACCUCAAUGCCCGGUUUUAAUCCUACCCAUUUUUUCCUUCCUCCCGGGUCAUCUCAGUCGUCUGGGCCACAUCCGUCUCUUUCCUACUCCGUCGUACCAAAUAUGCGCUCUGAAAUUAUGCACUAUACUAAUCCGAACUGUUCCGAUCAUCAAGGCUACGAAUGCUCCGCUAACGUUAUCGCCCAAUUUGUCGGUUCACAAAUAGGCUCUGGGGCACAGUUUUCAGCGUCAAACCUUGGAUCGUUCCCUUUUCCUGCAUCUUCACUGCCUCUAGAAAGUCUUAAUGGUACCACAAUCCCCCAUCAAUCAGAUCCUUCGGAUUCGCAUCCACUAUCGUCACGAAAUGAGUUCACCCACCAGUUGCAGAACUCUAGAAUCACGUACAUACCAAAUGCGACCCAGCGAUCGAUUUCAACAGCUGAAGCUUCACGCACUCCUUUGACUUCUGUGGAUGUACCAGACAUACCUGCCUAUCCCGUUCAUGACACGUCUGCGCAAUCCACCGGCCAGUUCGCUAGUGGGUCGGAUGGGAACAUCACGAACGAACGAGUGAACUUUGUACUGAACUCAUUUGAAGCAAAUGGAUGUCCGGCAUAUGCAGCUACACCUUUGAACUACUUUGUAAACGGUGUUUACCAUCCAAACGAUACGAAAGCUAUACCUGACACAGAAUCACUUAAUAAUUGCUUAUCGCACGCCUCACGAUUCAGGUCAGCAGGUAUCUCCAGAAAUUCUUGUAUUUCUGGAAAUGGAUGUGUUUCCCAAAUGUUUUGUCAAUCGCAUACGGAGUCCAUUGCUGUCCCUGGCACUCCCCCUUUACUUAACGCCGUAUUUAGCGGUCAAAUCUCAGCUCGACCCGAAACGAACGGUUCUCACGGCUUACCGUCAGGGGGUUUGUACCAACCCGUGUUACAAAUGAGAGAUCAUUCAUCCGCCGGUUUCCACCCCCACUCUCAUUCGGAACCGCAACAACACCAAACUCCCGCCUUUAUGGCCCACACUCUUCAGUUAUUAGCUGCUGCAGCUGCUCGCAGUCUUGGCGUUGGUCCUUCGCUCUCCGUUGCCGCUGCCCUCCCGAACAACGGAACUGUAUCGCUGGUUCCAACGAUUGAAAACAUUGCUCCACCUGGACUCGUUGAUCCACACCUGCAGUAUCCCCAUUCUGUUCUUCCCGAUCACCUUCAGCUAUGCUCCAACUAUUUAACCGCUGGUAACGCGUCAGUCGAAGGUCAAGUACCUCAGUUUGUGGAUCCCCAAAAGCCAUCCGGCGCUGAUGCACGACAUUACUGCUCUGCACCGCCUAUUUCCUCUCCAACAAUUUAUCGCUCUGUACAACCCACUGGAAUUUUUCCCACCCAAGAUGAGAUCACUUGCGUUGGUUUUCGUUCAUCCGAUUCUGGGCUCACAGACGUUUCGAACGCCAUUUCUUUCUCAAACCAUUUCUUCCCUACAACCAAUUUACACCCGUCAUCGCUCGCUCCUUCCUCAACUUCAUCCAAAUUUCCUUAUUUCCCACUUGGUAUGGAGCCUCGAUGUUCGACUUUCCGGCCCCUGAACUCGUUCAACGACCCACGCAAUAUCGUACCAGUCGGAGUCCUGCGCGGCACUCUUCCACCCCUCCACUCUUCUCGCCGCUGCAUUGCACCUGUAUCUUCAUCCUCACUCCCUGUUCCUAAUCCUCAUUUUACUCAUCGACCUCAAUCAACUUUUGGUCAACAUCUAACAUUACCCUUACUACCCACUUUAGUACCCCCUUAUGAUAGUCGGCAUCACCGUCAACCACUACUAGUUCCUCCACCCGGCUUCCCAACACAUUCGCGCCCCACGGACCAGUCCCAUGCUACCACGAAUCAGUAUUUUAGCCCAAGUCCAGUUGUGAAUCGUCCCAAUUUCUUUGACUUUCCAAUCGCUAGUUACCAAAAUGACCUUUCCCAACCGCCACCACAAACGCACGUCACUCCUGCGAUGGCUGCGGCGGCCUUGGCGAUCGUAGCAGCAGAGCAGGUCGAUGGAAUAGCCUCUGGAGUUGGUAUCCACCAGUCUUCUGUUCACACCAGCCCAUAUCAUCCUGCUUUAUGUACUUUGCCCAGUGUUGUUGUGCCAGGCUCAGCCUGUCAUAGUGUUCUUAAUUCCUCAUAUCCGCCGUCUACUCCACCUGGAGGAGCGGAGCAUCCCGGCUCCCCCAGCGCACUUCCUGUGGAACGGAGCCGCUUAUUGGACGAGUUCAGAAAUGCUCGAUUACCCUGCCUCACAUUGCGCGAUCUGGCCAAUCACAUCGUGGAAUUCGCACAGGAUCAAUAUGGCUCGCGUUUCAUUCAGCAGAAACUGGAGCAAGCGAGUGCUGUGGACAAAACUGCUGUUUUUCGCGAAAUCCUUCCUUAUGCAUACAAUCUAAUGGUUGACGGCUUUGGUAACUAUGUGAUUCAGAAAUUCUUCGAACUUGGAACCCCGGAGCAGAAACAAAUCCUCGGUCAGCGUAUAAAAGGGCAAGUCAUCUCUCUUUCUUUGCAAAUGUACGGUUGCCGCGUCAUUCAGAAGGCAGUAGAGUCUGUUCCACUGGAGAUGCAAAUUGCGAUUAUUAAGGAGCUAGACGGAUGUAUUCUGAAAUGCGUCAAAGACCAAAACGGCAACCACGUGGUUCAAAAGUGUGUGGAAUCAGUUCCUCCAGAGCAUCUGCAGUUUAUCGUCGAUUCAUUCAAAGACUACGUCCAUUCUAUUUCUACGCAUUCCUACGGUUGCCGCGUGAUCCAACGCAUUUUAGAGCAUUGCACCCCUGAUCAGACUGCUCCAAUACUGACCGAAUUGCAUCAACAUACGGAAUCGUUGGUGAAGGACCAGUACGGAAAUUACGUCAUCCAGCAUGUUCUAGAACAUGGAAAAACGGAAGAUAAAAGUCGCAUAAUCGAGCUUAUAAGGGGUCGUGUUGCAGAGCUGAGCAUUCACAAAUUCGCCAGCAAUGUUGUUGAGAAAGCUGUAGCCAACGCAACCCGCGCUGAACGCCAAGCUCUGAUCAACGAGGUCCUUGAGGAUAGUAAUACUAUCGAGGACGGGAACAGGCUACAUUCGAGUGACGUGCUGCAGCUUAGUGAUGGUAGUGAAAAUAGCGGCAGCGCUGACGAGGCACAUGGUGGUGGAUCAGUUCUUUGCAUGUUGAUGAAAGACCAAUAUGCGAAUUACGUUGUCCAGAAAAUGCUGGAUGUCGCGGAACAGCCUGUUCGAAGAGAGUUGAUGAAUCAGAUUCGCCCACAUUUGAACACCCUCCGAAAAUAUACCUACGGGAAACAUAUAAUUAAUAAAAUGGAGAAACAUUAUAUGAAAGCAAACCAGUCUCACUUAACUUUUGAUCUAAUCACAUCGACCUCUGUUCACUGUGUUAUUUCUGGUUCGCAAUCAGACAGUGUCGCGGCAUUCAGCGGAAGUACUGCUCUACGGUCCAAUGCUGGAAUGAUAUUACCGCCAUUGUUGACUGCGUCUGAUGUAUCUGCCAGGGCACAUAAGUUUGGCUCAAGCCGCGGAGCUCAUCAACACCAUUGUUAUUAUCAUCAUUCGUACCUGCAACCACCUUUACCGCUCCGCCACAAUAUUGGAUCGCAUUCGAUCGGUCGAACCUCAGGAUCCCAAAGGGUUAGACAACGCGAGUCGCAGAUUAAUCCUCCAAACACAACGGACACCGAAAUCACUCCGGGCACAAUGCUGCCAUCUGGGCACGCUAUUUCUGACGUGCACGAUGGUCCAUCUCAGAAUUUCCCUUCUGGAGAGAAUCGUUUUAGUCCACCCAGCUCUACUAGUUUCGGCGACGUCGGCUGUGGAUCUGACCCGGAGAUAUCCGAGAUGAUUUCGAAGAAUUUCAGUUGCGACUCACAGGAUAGUGUUACUAUUUCACUACCAUCUGAAAAUGGUUUAGUGAAUGCCUGUCAAUCCGAACUUUGACUAUGCUGCUCGGUGCCACUUUCGGGGUCUAACUGCCACGUUUUUAUUUUGGCCAACCGCAAUGUGAUCCGAUCGUUUCCAUCUGGUAUACGGAAAAUAACAUCCUAUUAUCGCAACUACCCAAUCUUAUUUCGGUUUCGUUUUUAUUGUACCAUUUUUCUGCAUGUUUCGACGCACUUUCCAAGCCACAUUGUCUUGUCUCUCAAUCGCAACGUUUUUGAAUUCUUCUUAGGUUUGCACUUUUUUAAUGCACCGGCAGUUUUCCACUCCCCACCUCUCCCGUCGUCCACUUUGUAACCGAAUUUUCCACCCUGUUGCAUGUGUUGUCCUCACUUCCUUCUUUUUAUGCUUUGCUAUCUCUAUGCUCACAUCCCUUGGUCUUGUGUGACUUUCGGUUUCCUUAUUCACAACAUACUUGUUCAUUACAUAUUCACUAUGUACACUUGUAUAUCACUGGUAUCCACUUAUUCACGUACAAUACCAUCCUCGUUAUUAAAUUUCGCCACUUUACUUUUUCGCCCAACCUUAACCCAAUCAGCCUGUACCUAGUUUUGCUUUCUUUCUUUGUUGCAUAUAACUCAGUUCUCCGUCACUUCAAGUUAUGUAAACAGUGUAUAUCCAUCUCUACUGAUCUCUUUGUAAACACAUCCAGAUCAAAGCUUCAGCCGCACGAUUCCGCUCGUAACAGUCAUCCCGUUUGAAUAUUUCUCUUCCAUUCGUACGCGAUCGGAUGCUCUCCGCCCUAUCGAUGUUUUGUGAUUUCGACAGUACUGUGUUUUCUUAUUUAUUUAGCGGGUCGUUUCCCCCAUGAACACGAAAUCAUCUCUUCAGUCACACAAUGGCAGACAAUGAUUUCACUUUUCUUUUAUCUUCACGCAAUUAAACAGGUAUGGGAAAGAUACUUUCCGUCUGUUCACUCUAAUUGGUGCUAUGCUAUCCAGUGUUACUA